UAAACCACCUCACUCCUAUAUAUUCAUAGCAGCCACAAGAAACAUGAACAAAUCUAAUAACUACUUCUUAGUUCUUACAAUCAAAUAUUCCCAACAAAUCUAAAUGGAUGCAUCACUUCUCCAUCUUUCGAAUUCUAGUUACUCCCCCGAAUCCUCGUUCGGAUCCCCGGAAAAUUCCAACAAUUAUCUUCCGUUCAACAUAAACGAUUCGGAAGAAAUGCUUCUGUACAAAGUCCUGUCACAAGCAGAACAGGAAAAAUCAUCACUAAUUAACGACGAAGCUAGCUCAACACGCGAGAAAACUUUGGUACAAAAUAAACAAAAAUCUUACAGAGGUGUCCGAAGAAGGCCUUGGGGAAAAUUCGCAGCAGAAAUAAGAGAUUCGACGAGAAAUGGAGUGAGGGUUUGGCUUGGCACAUUUGACAGUGCAGAGCAAGCUGCUUUGGCCUAUGAUCAAGCUGCAUUUUCGGUGCGUGGUUCGGGUGCAAUUCUGAAUUUUCCAGUGGAGAGAGUUCGAGAAUCUUUGCGCGACAUGAAGCAGAGUUGCGAGGAGGGUUGUUCACCAGUGGUGGCCUUGAAGAAGAAGCAUUCGAUGAGGAGAAGAAAUUUGAACAGGACGAGUAGUAAGACCAACUUAGGGGAAGUGAAAAUGUUAGAUAAUGUUGUGUUUGAGGACUUGGGUGCUGAGUAUUUGGAAGAGCUUUUGAAUUUAACUGAUGAUUCGAGUACUGCUAGGUGAAGAUUAAUGCAUUUCAUUUCAUCUCGUUUUA